AUGUGUGCAUCAACAAUGCAGCACGCGAACAGCAUUGACCGCGGAUAUUUUUUGCGGAUAGGUGUCUUUUUGUACCAGGACCGUCCACUCCCGCUGACUCCCGCCACAACGUCGCUCAACUACGGCACCACCUUGUGGGAAGGAUUGAAAGCAUACCACGUCACCGACCUCAAGGCUGUUGUGUUCCGUCCCGACCAGAACUAUGCGUGUAUGCGGGCAGGGGCACACGAAAUGUGUCUACCCAUGCCAAUGCAGCUUGCUGUCCAGAAGAAUGCACACUUGCUGCCUCCCGUCGGUGAUGGCAUGAAGCUUUACGUCCGCCCCAUGCUCCUGGGAUCCGGACAACAGCUCGGACUCUACCCAAGUCCGCAAGUGUCCUUCCUCCUUUAA